CUUGAGGCCCGUUGUCUCCAGAGCCAACUGAUAAACACAACUUAUGACAAGAGCUAAGACCCACGAGUGCUUUGCUGGUACUACAACCAAAAGUAUAGAUGUCAGGACCCUGACGAAAGCCAGCGUGAAGAAAAAAUUCCAGUGGACACCAUAUUCAGUCACAUGUUCUUGGUAGUCGCUCAUUUUGAUGAAGACUAGUCGGGCCGCGCCGAGAGCAACCAGGGGCCACACGGAGAGGACUUGCUUGGAGAUAUGUUUCAACUUCGAUCCAUAAAUGCUCUUCCCACGUGCUUCUGAGCAAACCAGACCAUUUGCAAAGAUAAACGCUCCAACACCAAAGUCCAUAACGCCUGUUCCAAACGUUUCUGUUUUAGCGAAUCGCCUUGGAAACACUCGAAAGUCUACAGCUAGAAUACUGAUAGCUGUUUGCAUAUUCACCAUCACUCUGAAGAUGGUCACAAAGGGAAGCUGUUUAAACCGAAUCGUUCUGUUGAGGAAUUCGCUGAGAGGGGUUUGCCGGUGACUACGGUAGAUUUGACAAAGCGCACAUGACAAAACAAAGGUGAAGCUCAAAAUCACCAGAACAAGAUGGUCGCUCACAAUAGUCCAAGACAGGACGAGUGGAAAGACCAACACGGAGAAAUCGAGAAGCAGGGUCAAGGUUCCUUACAGAAGCUUUCUUCCAAGGAUCGCCUUAAUGACUCAAUGGAGGAUGAAAUUCUUGCCUUCCUUAUCGAUGAUGAAGCCCAGCUGCACACAUAUGACGAUCUCACCAAAGUCAAUCCUGUGACCCCAACAACAGUCCUGAGAUGCCUGCAGGCCAGAUACACCGUGAAGGUAUUUUACACCCAUGCUGGCUGCACCUUGGUGGCUCUUAACCCCUUCCAACCUGUUCCUGAACUUUACUCCUUGGAUGUCAUGAAAGAGUAUCACUGUGCUCCUCAGAUUAAGAUUAAUGUCUUUCCACAGGAGCCAAAGCCACAUAUCUUUAUUGUGGCAGAGGAAGCCUACAGGAAUGUUAAGGGUCAGCUAGUGCCAGUGGACCAGUCCUUAGUGGUCAGUGGAGAGAGCGGUGCCGGAAAGACAUGGACUUCUCGUUGCCUGAUGAAAUACUACGCCACAGUGGCAGCUUCCUCGUCAGUGGUAGAUAGUCAGGACACUGUGGAGAGGAUAGAGAGGAGGGUGUUGGACUCCAACCCCAUCAUGGAAGCUUUCGGUAACGCGUGUACACUCCGCAACAACAACAGCAGCCGCUUUGGAAAGUAUAUCCAGCUCCAGCUUGACAGGUGUCACCUGCUAGUAGGUGCGUCAGUGCAGACAUAUUUACUGGAGAAGACCAGGGUUGCCUACCAGCCUCCAAAUGAAAGGAACUUUCACAUCUUUUACCAGAUGAUGAAAGCAGCAAGUGAUGAGCAGAGAAAGGAGUGGAAGGUGCCACAUGGUCACCACUUUGCGUGGCUACCAAAUGUUGAAAAAACUAUAGAGGAGGACUGUUUUCAAGAGACCCUUGAUGCUAUGGUACACCUGCAUAUAAAUACAGAGCAGCAGAGACAGAUAUUUAGGAUUUUAGCAGGCAUUCUGCAUCUGGGGAAUGUGAAUUUUUCUAUUUCAGCAGACGACUCACAGCCGUGUGACAUAAAGGAUCAGUCCAAAGGCUCCUUGCAUAUGGCUGCUGAACUGUUGCAAAUUCCUGCUGAGGAUCUUCAGACAUGUUUAAGUGUGAGGACAUUAAAAGCAGGGAGGCAGAGUGUACACAAGCCUUGUACACAAGUAGAGUGCUGCGUACGGAGAGAUUGCCUUGCCAAAGUCAUCUAUGCCAAAUUAUUUGAAUGGCUGGUGGCGUACAUCAACAACAGCAUUUUUGCGGACAAAUCCACUUGGUGCAACUUCAUAGGUGUUCUAGAUGUAUAUGGCUUUGAAUGUUUCCAAAGUAACAAUCUGGAGCAGCUUUGUAUCAACUAUGCCAAUGAGAAACUCCAGCAGCACUUUGUUAGCCAUUAUCUACGAGCUCAGCAGGAGGAAUAUGUGUCUGAGGGGUUACAGUGGUCCUUUGUCAAAUACCAAGAUAACCAGGGCUGUUUGGAUCUCCUGGAAGGAAGCCCUAUUAGCGUGUUUUCUCUUCUUGAUGAGGAGAGCCGUCUAAAUCGAGCCUCAGAUGCCAGAGCGUUCAGGAUUCGUCUGGAGAAGGAGCUUGGAGACAACAACAACAUUGGCUGGGAUAAAUUCAGCAAGGUGCCACACUUCACUGUGGCCCAUUACGCUGGCAAAGUGGAGUACAGGAUAGAUGGCAUGGUGGAGAAAAACAAGGAUCCAGUGGCACCAGAGAUCAUAAGCCUGCUUCAAAUGUCAGAAAACCUCCUGCUUCAUAAUAUCUUCACAGAAAACGAAAGUGAAAACUCAUCAAGCAAGGGGAUCAGUAAAGUCACUGUAGUGUCAAAAUUUAAGAACUCCCUGGAGACCUUGAUGAGCAUCCUCCACAACACAACUCCUCACUAUACUCGCUGCAUUAAACCAAAUUCUGACUGCAAGCCUUUGAUCUUCAAAAAGGAGGAGGUCAUAAUGCAAUUAGAGGCCUGUGGGAUUGUUGAGACAAUACAUAUAAGUGCUGCUGGCUUUCCUAUAAGAAUACCAUUCAAGGCUUUCAUACAACGCUAUGGAUUGAUAUCGAAACACUCAAACUUCAAGUCAGAAGCCUCAAACCUUGUGAUGACUGGCUGCGACAACGAAAGUAAUCUACAGGAGGUGGAAAGGCUACUUGGCUUGGUGUUGCAACACUCGGAGUAUAAUAUUAGCAGGGAACCCAAAUCUCUGGUGCAUUGUGGGAGGACCAAAGUUUUUCUCACCCAGUCAAUGUUAGACAUACUGGAAGAUCUGAGGAAGAAGAUUCUCUCAAAAUGUGCAUUCUCCAUUCAGUGCUGCUGGACACGCUACCAAAGGCGCAAACGUCAAGAGCGGCGGCAUUCUGCUACUCUAAUCCAAGCAGCGGUCCGUUCUUGGCUCGUCAGAAGACGUGUCCAGAGGUGGGAUAGAGCCGCAACACUUAUUCAGAAAUCCUGGAGGCAGUGGCGGGAACUUUUGAAAUCACUGGCUGAGGCAGAGCUCGAUGACGCAGAAGAUCUCGUUCAGGAAGAGGUGGCGGAAUUAAAUGCCAUCAUCGGGGAACGCGGAUCCGUGCAGCUAUCCGGCAUCCAGGAACCCGUCACUGUGCGAGGAUGGCCGAUGGGGUUGGCUUUGCCCUCAGCACCAUCCAUCACAAUGUCCGUGAGGGCCACAGGCUUGCGAAAGAUGAUAUCUGUGGUGGCUUCUCUCAAACUUCCUUCCAAGAGAGGAGAAUAUAAGGUGGAGACAAACCAGAACAUGAGGGGAGUUGCCUCCAUUCGGGCUCAACCAAAGGGAUCUGUUAAACUGCACUGCCAGCCGUCACCCCUUCUUUAUGCAAACAGGCAACCGGAGAUGAGUAAUUAUGUGACUGGUUUCAAUGAAAUCCUACUAGAGAAGACUCUAUAGUGUGUGCAGCACUUUCACAAACAGGCUCGAGUAGAAAACUUGUCAUGUGACAGAUCUGCUAGUAAACUUUUGUCACUUUUCAGCAUGAAUUAUAAAUGCAGUAAUCAGUGUUUCCUGGAAUUCCACAUUUUUCCAAAAGUCAGCUCGGAAAGGACAACUGCUGUGUAAAAUUAAGCAAUGCUGCCAUUUCAGGUAAACUUUUUUUUUUAUUAUCACUACUGCCUUCCGUAAAAACAUAAGUGUUGUGAUUAGAUUAGUAAAAACCGAAUGUGUACUGUAUGUAUCACUAAUUGACUGUUGAUAUUUUUUUUGACAUUUUGUAAUGAUUUACCUGUUAAGACUGUAUGCCGCAGAACCAAAGUGUGUAUACAUGUAUUGCGCGUUUUAAUGCAGAAAUUGCACAUUCAAGCAUCAUUCCAAACAUUUCAGACUUGAAUCAGGGAGAAAUAAACAUGAUUUAUCCAAACUGCUGCUAAAAGAUACACACCAGUGAAAAUCAGGGAUGAGGGGAUUUUUACAAUUUUCAUCAAUCUGGAAUGUUUUUCACUAAAAGUGAGCAUGCUUUAUAGAAAAGUAAUGAUAUAUGAUCAUGAAUAAAGAAUGAUUUUGUCUUUUUCUAGCUGUGUUAAUGGCAUAUAAUUUACAAAAAAAAUGUACAGUAUUGUUAUUUGAGUGCUUUAUACAAAAUAAAUCAUGUUUUUAAAGCUACAUAUUGUACAUAUGCAUGUCUAUACAGUAUGUCUUCACACUUCAAUAUGAAUGUCUUAGUGCAGCAUCUACCAUGAUUAUUUUUUACAUUUUUAGUAAAAGUAAAUCAAAAAUUCACUUCAGUUCACAAGUCUAUCUUGUCACGGAUCUUCUUUUUCUACAACCUUCAAACAUUGAUCCGAAAACUCUACAAAUAAAGGCUCCU